GAGUAGGCGUGGUCGUUGCUAAGCGCACCCGGAAGUAGAUUUUUGCAUACGAGGGUUGCGCGUGCAGCUCCGACGUCGCCGGGAGUCGGGAAGCCGUGCGAGCGCAUGAAGGAUUCCAACAUGGCGGCCACCGAGGCGGGUGAGUCGGACUGCGGCGGUGCUUCGUGUCCGAGAGAAGAGAUUAUUAAACCGUCCAUAACGGAGCUGACCAAAGUGCGGACCAACAUCUUGUGCACGGUUGAAGGAUGCGGCAAAAUCCUCCCCAACACCCCGGCGCUCAACAUGCACCUGGUCAAGUCCCACCGAGUCAAGGAGGGUAUCUUUAAUCCUACGGUACGGAAGAAUAUGAAAGGUUCGCAGAAGCUCUACUGUUGUCCGAUAGAGGGCUGUCCAAGAGGCCCUAACAGACCUUUUUCCCAGUUUGCACUGGUUAAGCAGCAUUUUCUGAAGAUGCAUGCAGAGAAGAAGCACAAAUGUCUAAAGUGCAGCAACGGAUACAGCACCGAAUGGGACUUGAAGAGGCAUGCCGAGGAUUGCGGAAGGACCUACAGCUGCACGUGCGGCUGUCCGUACGCAAGUCGAACCGCACUGCUGUCGCACAUCUACAGAACUGGCCAUGAGGUUCCCAAAGAGCAUAGGUAUCCACCUGUCAAGAAAAGAAAAAUGGAAAAACUCUCUCGAAGUGCAACAAAUCUCAAGCCUAAUGGACAAACUUAUGAAGCAGAAUCCACCGAAGGAGCAGUUCCUGCUGAAGGAGCAUCACGCACUCCGGAUCUACCACAACGCAAUUCCGUCAACUCUAAAAACCUCCAUAAGCUUCUCCUGCCCAUGCCUAAAAUGGCUUUUGUCAAUGUCCCUGUGAUGCAGCUGGCACACUUGCCUGUCCUCCUUCCGCCAGCAGAGAGCAGUGCUUUGAGGUCAUUGGUCUUGACAGUGGACACGCAAGGCUCUGUAAGUACGUUGCACCUCAUGCCUCAGUCGCUCACGUCAGUAAUGCCUCCGUUAAACACUAAAAGUUUCAAGGAAACCACAUCUGUUUCCAAAUCAAACCCGGAUGCCAUCAGUACAGGGAUCCAAGUCUAUUUAGAAAACCUAGUCUCAGUUGAUGAACCAGGUAACGAUCUGGGAUCAAGAAGUAAAAGCACCUCAACCAACAUUCAAACAGAUAUUUCAUUCCUCAAUAAGGGAUCUAUCGGGGGAGUCAAUAUCGGACCCGCGAGCGAGGCCUCGGUUUCCUCUGGUUCUCAAACUGACAUCAGUGUGAGCGCCCAGGUCCAGCUUCCAGUCAGUGUACAAACUCAGACAUUCCCUUUGAGGUCCAAAGUCACGUUCUCCAUUGGGGCACAAACUGAAACUCCGAGUCCGAUUUCUUUUCCAUCUGGUAACACAACGAAGGAAACUCAGACAAGUUACGCCACCGCGGCUUCAGUAAAUAAGACCCAAAUGGACCAAGCUAUAAUGUGUGCAAACCUUUUUGAUUCCGAUAUGCUCAACGUCUCUACACAGACUACAGCACCGUUUGGCACCAAUGAUCUUGAUCCCAUGAGCUCAGAAUCGGGAUUUUUUGAAGACAAAUCUGCAUCAUCCUUGUGCUUUGGAGCUCAGAGAGAUCUUUUACAGCAAAACACGGUAGCCGACAAUCAGACUCAGACGAUUAACCUGUUCAAUGAUCUGGAGAACAUCCUUUCUGACACCAUGGCCAGUGGAGCUCAAAGCUGUGGGUCGGGCUUGGGUUCGGUGCAAGAGCAGCACACGGGCAUCGACUUUGACAUUGAGGAUUUCCUCAACGCGACUGAUAUUCAGACUCAGACAGACGAGAGUGCCUUGGGAGGAUUGAGCUCAGACACACCUCUGGAGCUCCUGGACAUUGAGACGCAGACUGACUUCUUCCUGUUUGAUAACCUUGAGGAUGGUCAUCAUUGCGAUGUCAGCACCAGGGUCCAAACAAGCGAUCUUGAACUGGAGAUGUUUGACACGCAAACCCAAACGGAUCUGAACUUUCUACUAGACCCCAGUAAUCACAUGUCUCUAGGCAGCAUCCUAAGACACUCCAGCUUCAACAUGAGCACCGAGUCCUCAGACACCGAGACCCAGACCGAAACCAGGGCUCCUGCUCUUCCACCAACUCUGCAACUGCCUUGUUCCAAUGAUGGCCAGAUCAGACUUAGCAGCACAGAAACCCAGACGGUCCCCAGUUCCUCCAGCCUGGGCCACCUUUUUCUAACCAGUAACGAGACCCAGACAGUCAUGGACGAUUUCCUGUCAGCAGACCUGGCUUGGAACGUGGAGUCCCAUUUCAGUUCAGUGGAAACCCAAACCGGUGAAGAUCUCCUGUCUUUGUUUCGGCACUCAGACAAAGACAUCAGCUGAGCUGUCUGUGGUUUUAGCUUGUCUGUAGUGGGUGGGACAAAAGCAAGGAACUGUUUCUGAUGACCCACCUAAAGGUGGAUGAUUUGGUUCUUCCAAAUGAUCAUGACGGUAAAGGGCUCAGAUUGGAAGGCACUUGUAGUGAUCUAGCAUCUUACGUCAUUCCAGUACAAGUAGUUUCAAAGGCUAAAGAGCUUUCAGCACCCCUAUUCGGCCGGAAUUAGGUUUACUUCGGGCUCAUUGCGUCAUUAACCCCUUCUCCUUUUAUUAUACAGAUUGGCCACGUUAAUAUAUUUCUCGAGAAAAUUACAGACCAGCUCCACGGACAGCUGGCGAUUUUUGUCCCAUCCAAAUAUCCCUGUUUAUGCGUGUAACACAAGAUUCCUACAAAAUCGCUAGUCAACGACAUACUUAUGUCACAUUGGUACGAGUCUCUGUACCUUCUACGCUCAGAGUGCAUCAACGGGAGAAAUCAAAUAAAUUAGAAGCUCACAAUCCUGAUUUUAACGUCUGACCGAAGGAGCCGGUAUAACAUCAGCUACCGUUAUAAACCACUUGAUAUACACUUUACUCAUCGGCACGCAAAUUUAGUUCCCUAAGCUGGUGGUGAAUCUCGUCCUAUGGUUAAGAUUUGACUGCAGUCUGUUGCCCCCAGCAUGGGAAAGUCUUCCUGAUGGCAGAUUUCUCAUUUUUGUUAUUAACUUGGAGACCGAGUUUAAAAAAAAAGACACGUCGGUGAGGUAAAAUGAAGUAACUAGCUUGUGGACAUUGUCACACUAUUACAUGUAACUCUAAACAGAUAAAAAUAGGAUAUAUAUUUUUUCUUUUAAAGCCAUCACCUCAUCUAUAGAAAAUGAGAACACUCGUGAAACAAUUUUGCCUUUAAGCUCUAAAAGAAAUUUGAGCCAUGAACCGGGAGUUCACGUUAAAUUUCACGAGCAUAUUGGGAUCACGUGACCACGACGUGCCCUGAUACAGAAACUUGUCCCUCCAACAUUAACUUUAUAUCCACCCGGACAUGACAGGAUACGCAUCAGAAGGUCCCGUAAAGAAACGAACCCGGUCCAAAUAGGGCUUUUAGCUGCACUUUAUCGCGCCAUGGCUGUCACUCGACUGCUCCUUAACGUGUUUACUUUCAUUUGCACAUUUCUUUUGUUUAGUAAAAAUGGUCUGUUGUUUUUUUUUUUUUUUGGUUUUUUUUCUUUCCCAUUUGGUUACAAAAGAAUAUAUCGUUUUCGGUGAUGAUAAUAGUGCUACUAUGUAGUCGUAAAAAAAAUUUACAGUGUGGCACAAGUCUAAAGUUAUUGAUAGAAAUGAUGUGUGUUCAUUGUAAAAUCUGAUUUCUUGUGAAAUUUGUAUAUUUUCUUGUUUGGCUGCACUGUAAGGAUAUUUUUUGCAUUGUGCUUAAUCUUUUUCGUUACAUUUAUUAAUCGGUAAGAUUUCCGUUACUGUAUUUAAACCGUAUUUUCGUUUCUCAACAGACGUUUUUUCGCUACAGCGGUAUAUUAUAUUAUACGCUCAUGAUGCGGUGCAAGAGAUUUUUCAACGAUUUUCCUAACGCAUGCCUGUUUCUGCACGUGGCAAAUAUGGGUGACCUUUAACGACGGAUCUCGCUACGCUGUUAUUACGACGAUUUGCAUCCUGUACUGUGAGUGAUUUAACAUGCAAAUCGCAGAUGUUUACAGCAAGACAGAACCUUUAACGAAACCCGUUCAGUGGACGCAUGGAACAUUUUCUCCGAAUGUAAACGUUUUCACUUUAAACACUACGUUGCGAUCCAUGAUUAGCUUUUGUUUCGGUGCCUUAAUUUAAGCGGUAAAUCUAAAUGUCGAAGUUUCGGGUUUGAUCCCUCUUCUUUUCCGUCUCUCUCUCUCUCUGAAUAGUUUUAUUUCCGUGUUUACAUCUUAGUGCACGCUAUAUACUUUAUCGCCUGCCUUUGCCUCGUCUCAUCAUAUUUCAGUAUUUGUUAACGUUACACGCUGCUUGCUUUUGGUCCGUCAUUUAUUCAUAUUUAUAAAUCUGACUUUCCACAAGCUACAGAAUGUAAAUGACACUGUGUCACAUUGUAACCGAAAGGUUUUCUUUUCGUUGCAGUGCUCAGCCAAGGCCGACAUUUGCAUAUAUAUAUAUAUAUAUAUAUAUAUAUAUAUAUAUAUAUAUAUAUAUUAGUGUGUGUAUAUAUUAUUAAAUAAAUACAUAUAUGAACAUGCUGGCAGGAAAGAACAAAAGCAUCUCAUUGUAGAUUACUUAAACCUGUCAGUGUACACUCUUGGUUUUCAGUAGAGCGUGCAUGCAGUCCUGUUUGUGCCAAGAACAUGUCUAGUUACAUUUAGGCUUUUUGUUGUUGUGGAUCUUUUCUUUACCCUUAACAUGAACAAAUGUCUUAAGUUGGUCAUGUGCAUUCUUUAGGAUUUGAUGUACAAGUGUUUUGUUCUUUAGUUUAGGCUGCUGCAGUUGCUCAAAAUAAAGUUCUGUCCAAAAAAUUGUC